AUGGAAUUGUGCGCAGACUUUCGCUUAAGGACCUGCACUCGACCAGGCUGCAGAUUCCUCCACCUGACGCAAGACGAGGCUGAAAGACAAGGGUAAGAAGUUAAACUUUAAUAUAAGUACUUAGAAAGAUAGAUAUAGUACUUUGAAGAAGUCAUGUGGAAAUUUGUGCUAGUACUACAGGUUGUUCUAGUUCUACCUACAACUCGAAAACUGAAAAUAUCCGAGUUGCUGACUGAAAUAAGGCACCAGGUAAGUAGCUUUGACAGGGCUACUCUUCCUUGUUCAGUAUCUCGCUUAUUUUAAGUAGUUACUCGCUUAUUUCAGUUUAUCGAAUAGAUCCACAAUUGUUCUAGGUGAUGAAAAAGUUUGAAUUUCUUACCAGGUUCAUUUUCGACGAGAAGAAUCGAUGUGUCGGACAAAAAGUCGGAAGGGAGCCAUCGACCAAACGCGAUCGACGGGACGAUCGCAGAGGAGGCAGAACAGGAGGCGCACAGGUAUGGGGAUUUUGACUUUCUAGGAGUAGAUUAUUUUGAUUUUCUAGGAGGUGUUGAUUCUGGGAAGUGAACAUUUGAAGUUGCUGUUUGAAGAUGAGACUUUAAAUUUCUCUUUUAUUCAGAGAAACAUUAUAUCAAGAUCCAGCAGAGAUCAUGGUUUUUCCUCAUCACCACAAUCAUCCUCCCAUUCACAACAGCAUAAUGAAAAGGUCCUCUGCGGUGAUUUUCAACUCGGAAAGUGUUUCCGCGCCGACUGCAAAUUCGUCCAUGAAAUCAGACAGGCGGAUAGAGCCAACGAUUUGGGGAAUCCAAGAUCUCGAGGCGCAGAUGGAAGUGACAGUGGGGGCAAUCUUCUUUAAGAACAGUCGUUGGAAGUAUUCUUGGCCAAUCAUCUACUUGUUUUUAGAAGCAUUUAUUGUUUCUCUGAUCCUUCUUUUCAAGUAGCAGGUGGAAAGUCAUCUUCAUGAGAUAAUCUGCAAGACAGAAGAUUGGUCCUCACCUUCCAACCUCUAACUCUUCGUGCAACCAUGCUUGGACUUUCAGAACGGUAAGUGCAAUCGCGGACAAAGAUGUAAGUUUGCACACUAAAAAGAUGCAACUUUGCACACUGACAAGAAGAUUUAGUGUGUGUUGUGAUAAGGUGAUAAGGCCGAUUUAGAACUCUGUUAAUCAACACCCCUAGCUACACCAGCACCAGGGACGAAUAUACGGUCAAUACAGAAUUAGACAGGAGGACCUAAACGAGCUAGAAUCUGAAUCAGUCUAGGUUAUAACUUGAUAACACUAAAAAUGAGAAGAUCAUCACAACAAGAUUCUAAUUUAGAAAAUUUAAUGAAUCCUUUUCUUUGUGCAACUGUAUCAUUUUUUAUUGUUGUACAAGAACAACUUCUUAGUUACAUGCUUCUAAAAAUUCCAUGUGACAAAAAAAUCAUGUAAAACACCCGCUUACGCAUACGAUCCCCCAUAUCUGUCUCAAUAGUAUUCUCGUGGUACAAACUAGAACUUUUCUUGAAGAUAUCCUCGUAGUUGUGCACGAACUACACUGGCCAUCGACUUAUACGCAUUGCGCGAGCUCUGGGCUACGCUGCUGAAGGGAGCCGCUCCGCUUGUCGUUGUGUGCUCAUUGUCAUUAUCGAUCAUAGGUCUUUCGAGACCGUCUACUACCCAUUGCUGUUUAUAAAAACAAGUGUUGACAUCGACAUGUUGAUCAUGUGCAGGACCCUGAAUCCCUAAUCUUAUUGUAACCUAACCUGGCAGCGAGACAGAUGACAGUUCCCACUGUCCUAGACUCUCAUAGAUAACGCUAUAACACAUGUCCUGCUCCACCCACCGCACAACACUUAAUCUGUAGUCGCACUCGCAAGAUCAUGAAUGGGCAUUAUAUUAUUAAACAAAGAAGACGGCACAGGUGCAGGUCACACCGUCACACCGCGAAUCAACACUCAUCAACCCAACCUAAAAGAAGAGUAAAGAAUGCUACAACUACGUCUGGAUCAAUAACGCAGUUGCAGUGAGGAACGAAGGCAGAGGCGUCUUUCACUUCCUUUGCUCUUCGCGCUUCCCGACGCAAA